CGUUUCCAGGCCGAACGAUUGAUGGAAACAAAAUAGUCAUAUGAUUAAUCGACCGAUUUCAGUGAGUUGCUUGGAAAAUUUUCAUUAAAUUUUUCGUGAGAAUGGCAGCAUCUUUUAUUCCAAUCAUCAUAUUCACGGCUUUGUGGGGCGUGGUGGGCAUUGUAUUGCCUUUCUUUGCUCCCAAAGGCCCAAAUAGAGGAAUUGUCCAAUGCGUGCUGAUGUUAACUGCAGCCACUUGCUGGCUAUUUUGGUUGUGUUGCUAUAUGGCUCAAAUGAACCCGUUGAUAGGCCCGAAACUUCAUCAAAACACGAUUUUGAUAAUGGCUCGAGAAUGGGGCAACAAACUACCUGAUAUUGACUCUUGGAUUCCACCAGAGGAGCAUGUCCACUAAUUAUUCCACUAUAAUCAGUAUCUUUCAAUUCCCAAAAUGUUAAGAAAAAUAUAUAGUGUGAUUUUGUUUCUUGAUUACUUUAUUUGAUUCUUGCUUUAGUUUAGUCAGUGGCGUACAUGUGUCAUAUUGAGAAAAAAAAACUAAAUUCUUAAGAUAGCAAGAGAUGUGUAAAAUAAAUUUUAUUUGAAAAGUUUAAACA